CGGAGGUGAACAAGAUAGUCGUGCACGGGAAGGAAGAGGUGGAGAAGCUGAUGUAGCGCCAGUUGUCCAAGCACCAACUCGAUAUGUCGAUGCUACGAGUACAAGAAAACCUUCUAUCCGUAGUCAUAAAGAACAAGAGCAAAGCGCGGAAGAUGCCCCUUUGAAUCGAACCAACCCGGAUAAUAGGGUAAUCUUCAACCGAGUAAUAGCACCACGACCUUCACCUCAACAACCGGGCAUUUCUGCUGAUCAUGUUCCAUCAAUUUAUUCCAUUGAAACUUCUAUUUCCUCCGAUGACCCACCACCACGUGGGAGCGCGACGAUUCAACAAAAUGGACGACUCAGUAGGUCUGCUGUCUCUGGUGCUCGUGCUCUUGGUGAUGGCACUGGACCUCUUCCUCCUGGACGAGGUUCACCACCUGCACCACGACGCAUUUCCGCUCUUGGUGAUGGCUGCCUUUUUCUGCCUGAUCCACCAGCCUUUUUGCCACCAGGACCUGGCGGUGUGUACGCAGCAUAUGCAGAGAUAAUGGCAACUAAUCAGCAACAACAGCCUGCUCCUCAACCUCAUCCUACAACAAGAACAAGAACCAAUCCGGCAAAAAAUCUUCUAAAUGAACAAAACUACACGACCCAAGAAGAACAACUACAACAACAACGUCGAGACAGUUUUUCGAAGCCUCGAGAUCCGCUGAAUGUUGCUCAGAUAGCCCGUGUCAGAAGCUUUCAACUAGAAGCUCCCGUGAUAUCAUUACCACCGUUGUCUGUGCCAAGUGUAACUAUAUCACCUGCAUCGUGCGUCGAUCCUGAACUUGUAUAUCCACCUGCUGCGUCGUCAUCGCCUGUUUGUAUUGUUCCAAAUCCAUCAAAAGAGGCGGAAGCGAAUCGUGCUCAUGCUAACAUGGAAACGACAGGGAGGCCGACUUUAGUUAGGGAACUAGAGCAUGAAAACGUCGAGAAUAAGACAGAUGGAAAGACGACAGAGAAGGAAGUAGAGGCAACCAGUUCAAGUAGUUCAGCUUCCGGCGCGACUUGUUCUGAGACAUCUUCGGUAACAACAGACGAGGAACAAGACAUCUGCAGGCAGGAUAACGAUAAUGAUAAACGAAAAGGCCGCUUCAGUGCUGGUUAUCAUCGUUUGACAGAUGAAAAGACAUCAGGUAGUGUAAACGCAGGAGAAGGAGAAGUACAAGAUUGCCAAACAAAAAAGUACACGACUCCGACUACAACUACCCAACAGCAAAUGCCAAUCACCAUCGUCGCAAGUUGUCCCGCAGCUUCGCCACUAGUACAGAUGAUAGAAAAUAGUAGAAGCCAUAAUAUCAAGAAUGUUGCGCUAGUAGAAACAUCAAAACCACAAAGUUCGUUGUUUCAUCAUCGCACCCGCCGUAAAAGUGGAGGCACGAACUUGUCGAUGGCAACUACAGCAGCGUCAUCUAACAGUGUUUCUCGUCGGAACAGUCCCAGGCAAAAGCAGAUGUUGAAAAAGAACUUCUAUCAAGAGCAUGAUUAUGGUCCUCGUGCAGGCGGCGUUGUGGCUCGUGGUCGUGCUGGACUUGCAGGAGCAGAGAGGCAUGACCAGCGACAUAAAAACAAGGCUCUUGUUUGCUCAUCUUCAUCUUCAAAUGUCGCCUCAUCUUCAUCGACCCCAAUGCCACAGGAAUCAUCGGAAGAAACGGUAUCUGUACGUCAUCGAUCUACGAGGAGAAGAGAACUGAUGAGAGGCGGUCGACCGCGAAUUUUUUCGCAUAAUUCAUCCACCUUGAGCAGUAGGAACAAGGAGACGACGACGGAACGAGAAGACAUGCUGAGCUCAUCUGUUGUUUCGACGUCAUCGUCUGCUGAUUCUUCAAGAAGACAGCAAAACGUAGAAGGUCAUAGACCUAAUUAUACAACGAGCACCAGGAUCAUGAAGACAGACAAGAAAGACGAACUACAGCAUCCACCAUCGUCUUCGGCAAGUUCGUCCUCGUCAGAUAACUCCACUAGCAGUGACAAUUCCUCUUCGGGAUCGAGCAGCAGUCAGGAGGAAAGCAACGUCCCGCCUGGAAAUAACCUGCAGCGAAAUACUGCUAUCGGACCCACUAGAGAACAAGCAAAGAAGCCUCUUUUUCACCACCAUAGCAAGCCUAAGCCAAAGCCUGAUCCAGGAUCUUGUUCCUCUUGCAUAUCAUCAUCCUCACAACAACGACCUAAUAUUCCUGCCUCCUCUACUACUCCUGCAGCACGAGGAGGGCAACGAUUAGUACCAUCCACCUCUCUCAAAGACCUGCAAAUCGUGAGGUCGGAGAAAAGGAGCAGUAGACCACAAGCUUUCGAGCAGGAUACGUCAGAGGAGCAUAGCAAGUCAGAGACGAGAAGCUGUUUGCAGUCUGUCGUGCAGUCCUCCGUUCACGCAAGUGCGUUUUCGUCAUGCAGUACCACUAAGAUUUUCUUCACAUCUACUAGAUGAAAGUUAAGCUAUAUUUUUUGCAUUGCAAGAACAUACUUAUCGAAUCGUCCAUGUCCAUCUUCACGACCAUUUUAAUUUCUUUUGAUCACGACCAUGAUAAUAAUCACCACUCACCAUGCCCCCGCGAAGUAUAUUACUACAACUCUCGUUCACGACUGACUACGUACACGCACCAUCACGAGGUGACGACUACAGUAUUUACCUCCUGCCGUCUAGUUGUAGCGGGAGUGUCGCCAUGCCCCAUACGCCUUCCGAGGUUGCUGUGAUUCCGCCACCAGUAGCACCUUUCGCCACGGACACUAAUAUACGAGUCCCAGCACCACGCGGAGCACCACCCCCCUCACCUCAACAAGGGUCUCCGACAGCACGCAACGGCUCUUUCUCGCUCCCGCCGACAACACGAGUCUCCGAGAUAGUGUUGCAGGUUGACAAUGGAGAUGAAGCGGGCGGAGAGAAAGCGAGAGUGGAGAAGUUGAAAGCGUUUUAUGAGGUACUACUUGCUUCUAGAUUUAGUUGUACAUCUAGGUCUAGUUGUACAUCUACUUAGAAGUAGAGCUUCUAGUUGUUCGGCAACAAGGAUGAAUUCAAAUCUUGAAGAUAAAAAGCAACCUCACCAAAACACCCUCUGGUGCUGCGUUUCUCAACACAGGCAAACGCUUCCCGAAAAAAAUGCGUUCGGAUUGCAAUUCCUAGUACAACUACGAUGGCUGACGCGCAGUCUGAGCAUUUGUUGAGUAGUCCCGAGGAUACUCGAGCCUCUAAAAAUCCCGCACUCGCAAAGAAAAACCGCGAUGACAACGAAAUGCGCAAGCCUUUGCUCCACCAAGAAGAGCGACCAGGAGGUGCGCCGGCGUUAUUUAGACGGAGUGCGACUAUUUGUUCAUCAACGACUUCGUCUUGCUCAUCUUUAAGGCUUUCGAUCCAUCUAAGUAACUCGAGUUCCUUCGUUGAUUCCCCAUGACCACCUUCAACACUAGAAAUGGAUUAAGUAAAUAUUCGCACUGACUCGUCUAAAUAAAACAUGCGCCUCCUCUUCGACCACCAGCUUGGCACACCGAAUGGUGUUCGUACCCGAACGAAACAAAGUCUUGUUUGUCACGUCCAAGCCGCCUUACGACGGUCCAAAACGAGGCAUACGACGUCCUCUGGAUCUCGAACCGCGACGCCCUAUUCGAGGUUUGCGGAAUCUGUGUAUGGGCAGUCUGUCGUCAUUUUUCCCAGGUGCUUUUCGCGGAAGUAGGGCAUCCAGUGCUGCAACUUCGAAGGAAAGUUCAGCGUGUGCUACGCGUGCUACUAGUCCAAGUGGGAGGACGAAGCAAAAUGAAGAACAUCAGCAACAGAUGACGAACACGGAUAGUGCAACAAGACGAUCUUCUUCUACGGCAAAGGACAAGCCUAUUGAUGUAAAAGUAGAACACGUCGUGCACGGCCAACAGCAACAUCAGGAACCACUGCAAGUCCACGAAUCUAUUGUCGAGUUUGAACCUUGGCAGUCACUUGAUAUCGAGUUCGGGGAUCCCGCUACAUCAGGCAAUCGUUGUCGCGCAUGGAUACGGAUGCCUGCGCUUGCUGUGAAUGACGUUGCGAAUCAGACCUUUUCAGUACCACUGCACUUCGGACCCGAUCCGCCGGGGGAUGUGUGA